UGCGUAUGUCUAUGAAUGUUAACAUCACUGUCGAAAUGUGCCAACAAGCAUGAAAAGAGAAUUAAUAGUGGCUCACCCAGCCAGAGGCCAGUGUUAAUGCUUAAAUAUAAUUUUCGGGUCUUUGAAAAGAAGCGAACUGUGCGCUUGGAUGUCUCUCUCUCUUUGUGAUGCGGUUUUCCUCUGUAAGCCACCGUGUGCAGUGCUGUGUAAUUUUAUCCACGCUGCAACCUCUUGGUUCACACAAGACUGAUACCUUGCCUCCCCUUUUUCUUUGUAUCAAUUGGUCGGGGUUCGGGCUAUUGUUGCAGGAGGGCUCUUUUAUUUCUGCGCACACUGUCGAUCAGCGAAAUCUCACGACAGGCUCGACAGGCUGUUUUCUCCUCCUCGGUCAGAUACAGUGUGUUUGGAGAGCAGAGUGGAACCCAUGAGCACCAAUGCUGUCGCCACCAAGCCGGAUGACCGCGACACAUUAUUAAAGAAGGAUACAGCAAGUUUUCUUUUAAAAUGUUGGAUCACUGACAUAUGAAACUUCUUUGAUGGGACCCCGUGUGCCAGCUCUUUCCAUUCCAGCGAGGUUUUGCCGACAUCCCGCCAUGCCACAAUGGUUAUAAUUCUGCUCUUGUUGUUACUGAGCUCCUUGGAUUCGAGUUUGCAGGGAUCUCUGGCUCCGAGGCUGAGCAGGAGCCCAAGGGCUCCUUGUGUCAGGGGCCAGGAGUGUGACCCGAGGACGCGGCGCGAUGCUGGAGGACGCGGCGGGGUUUACGAGCACCUCGGCGGAGCUCCAAGACGCAGGAAACUUUACUGCGCCACGAAAUAUCAUUUGCAAAUACACCCGAACGGAAAAAUAGACGGAUCUCUUGACGAAAACAACCCUCUCAGCAUACUCGAGAUCACAGCUGUCGAUGUCGGUGUGGUGGCGAUCAAGGGCCUGUUUUCGGGAAGAUACCUGGCUAUGAAUGAGAAAGGCCGUCUGUAUGCUUCGGAACUCUUCAACAGAGAGUGUGAGUUCCUGGAGCGCAUUCACGAGCUCGGAUACAACACCUAUGCGUCACGGCACCACUCCACAACCCAGCCUCCCCCAGCAGGGUCCGGUGCCGGGGCCGGCAAGCGCCGUGCCAGCUCUAAAAGGCAGUGGUACGUGUCCAUCAAUGGAAAGGGCCGGCCCAGGAGGGGCUUUAAGACACGGAGCACGGACAAAGCUUCCCUCUUUCUGCCCCGUGUUCUGGGCAACAAGGACCACGAGAUGGUGCGCAAGCUCAGAGAGAGCCAGCGGCACCAGACGGGCUCUCACCGGGCCCCUGUCGGUCGGGCAGAGCGCAGGAGACGACGACACAGGGGCUCCAAGGGCCACAGCAGAAGGCCUGACAUUUAACACUCUCUCGACACAGAUGGAGAGGAAAUCCGCCGAGAGUCACAUGGAACAAUUUUCUCACCAGAGGAUGAUUUUCAAGAAAACUUUCGAGGAAUUAUGAGAGUGACAUUUAAAGCCCAGUAUCUGAAUUAUAAAGAUGUUCAUGUGACCAAAAUUAACACUACUGAAAGUUUUGCUUUUUUAUGACAUGCACCACGUCAUGUUCUCAAGUCUUUUCGGUAAAAGACGUGUAAUUAUUGUACAUAGAUGUACAGUCAUUUACUUUUUUUAUUUGAGCAAGAUAACAUAGAGUAAAUGUUUGUAAUGGUAAAUUAGGACGUUGUACAAGUGCUUGACAAUGCCGAUGACGUGUUAUGUAUGGUGGUGUACAGACAAGCACUUUUUUCUUACUGAAGUAGAAAACAAAGUUCCAUACACGUAAAAA